ACGCAUAGUAUAGCACGCAGAAUAAGCGCCUGUGCUGAUGCGUCGCUGACGCAGUGUUACCGUGACAGUCCGUUCCGACACAUCGUCAGACGAUUCCGCCGCCGGAACCAACACACAACAAGUUAUUCGCAUUUUUUUUCUUCCAGUUGAUUUUCUCUCUCGAUUAAUCCACUCGACUCAGUUACACAAGAGUUUUUCGAACAGUGUUGCGCACUUAGAUCUAAUUCAAUCCAUUGGAGGUUAUGGUGUUAAGAUGGGGACCAGCAGCCAUUCCACGAACAUAACAGCAGACCAGCCUGAAUUCUUCUCUAUCGAGGACGUCGUCCAUUCUGACGGGCAAUGGGCCAACACUAGCGACGCCUUCAAUUGGAGCCAAACGGGGACUACUGAGGAUGACUUUUAUCGUCACUCGUCCAUCGUCACAACCGUGUACUGUCUGGCAUACUCGUCGGUAUUCCUACUGGGUCUCGUCGGCAACUGUCUGGUCGUCGCCGUCGUCUUCAGAGCUCCUCGGAUGCGGACAGUCACCAACUACUUUAUCGUGAAUUUGGCUAUCGCUGACAUCCUCGUCGUUCUGUUUUGUCUGCCGGCUACUCUGCUCUCCAAUAUCUUUGUCCCUUGGAUUCUCGGCGAGACGAUGUGCAAAUUGGUGGCCUACGUCCAGGGAGUUUCGGUUGUUGCCUCAAUAGAUUCCCUCGUCGCUGUGUCGUUGGACAGGGUCCUGGCCAUCUGUUUCCCGAUGCGAUUUCAAAUCACCGGACGCCGUGCCCGCCUCAUCAUCCUGCUUAUUUGGAUCGUCGCCUUGACAACGACCAUUCCAUGGCCACUUUACUUUCAUCUGGUGAGCGCCUUUCCGGCCAGCCCAGAGAUUCGUCUCUGUCUGGAAGAAUGGCCCAGCGAGCGGGAUAAGGACCUGUAUUUCAUUUUGGCCAACGUCGUCUUUUGCUACUUGCUGCCGCUCUUUCUCAUCUUGCUCUGCUACGUCAUGAUAUGGAUCCGAGUCUGGAAGAGAUCCAUCCCCACCGAGAGCAAAGACGCUCACAUCGACCGAUUACAGCAAAGAUCUAAGGUGAAGGUCGUCAAAAUGCUGGUGGUGGUCGUAAUUAUAUUUAUGCUUUCGUGGCUGCCACUCUACGCCAUUUUCAUUCGAAUCAAAUUGGGAAACGAGCAGAUGGAAACGUGGGAAGACUUUCUGCUGCCCUACGUCACGCCCGUCGCCCAGUGGCUGGGAGCCUCAAAUUCCUGCAUUAAUCCGGUCCUGUAUGCAUAUUUCAAUCAGAAAUACCGACGAGGGUUCACGGCAAUCAUACAAAGUGGAUCCUGCUGCGGGACUAUCCGAACGACGGCUGCCGAUUACGAGCAGCGUUACAUAACGACGACCGAAGUUCAAAAGGGCGCUUCUUUUGAACGAUCCAGGAGGGAUACAGCCAGGAGGUCGAUUCCGACCACGUCUACACCCGUCGAUACCAAGCCAACCAUCAGAACUGGCAACAAGACCAUCGUUCACGAGCCCCGAGACGAUCAUCAACCGCAAUCGGGAAUGCUCAACACGGGGUUAGUUAACACCAGCAAAGACAACAUCGAGCUCAAUGCCCCCCAUCGCAAAGGGAAGUCGGAUGAUUUGUAAAUAGGCAGCAUGCAUUAAACGGGGAGUGCGGAGAUGUGAGCUCUAAAUUAUUCAAGUUUUAAUUAUGAACUCUGCUUCAGGACAACGGAACU